AAUCUUGAUCCUUCAUCCUUUAAUUUUGCCGGGCCAUGCCCGCUUUUCAAAAAGUCGAUAAUAAGAUUUCAGCUAAAAAUGAAAGUAUAAAUCAAUUUGAAACUCGUCGAGCACUUUGCAGUUUGGGGUUCUACCUACAAAAUCAACUUGAGAGUUUUGAGUCUUAGACUCUCAAUUGAUUUUGACACUUUUGAUUUUGAUUUAUUUUUUCUUUUGACAAAUGAAAAACGAAAUAAUAAACUCAAUCAUCAGCAAUUUGAGGCAUGGAUACAAAUCUUUAUCUCACUUGAAGUGGGUAUCAUCUUCUUCUGGAUUUCACGUACCAGUGGCUGGUGCUCUUGGUGUUGCUGGUUUGAUUUUGGCUUUAAUAAAAGAUCACAACUUUGAUAACUUAACUCGAUUAUCUUGGUUUUCUAAUAGAGAAACUCACCUUCAGAAGCUCUAUUUAGUUCCUGGUUUGCAAAAUCUUGGCAAUAAUUGCUUCUUGAAUGUCAUAUUACAGGCUCUAGCUAGCUGUUCAUAUUUCCAAGCUUAUCUUCAAAAGGUGAUAGGAGAAUGUGAUUCAUCAGACACUGUGGGGUAUAGUGAAAGUUUGCAGCUUACAUUUGCUUUGGCUGCUCUAUUAGAAGAACUAUCUGCAUUUGGCAAAGGGAAAGUUGUGUUAAGUCCACGAAAAGUGAUGCUUGCAAUGACCGAGUAUAUUCAAAAUUUCAGUUUAAGAAGCCAACAGGAUGCUGAAGAAGCAUUUCUUCAUCUCUUAUCAUCUUUAAGAGAAGAAUUUUCAGAUUCUUAUCCUGCAGAUCAGAGUUCUCUAGCAGAUUCUUUUGAUUCUUCUAAUUGUAGGAUUCUCACCCCAAAGAGGAGGGAAAUCCUGAAUGAAAAAGAAAGGUGGCAGCAACACUUCCUUGGACCAUUUGAUGGAAUUCUUAGUAGCAUUUUAGCUUGUCAAAGUUGUUCAUCUCAGAUUUCGUUGAAUUUUCAAUUUUUUCAUAGCUUACCUCUUUUGCCAGUCCUUGAAAGUGUUGCUACCAUUAUGACUGGAUGUAGGUUGGAGGAUUGCUUGAAGCAGUUCAUUUCCGCUGAACAAGUUGAGAAUUACAAUUGCAGCCAAUGUUGGCAUAUUGCUGCAAUAAAGUAUUUAAUGUUAGAAGGAGUAAAAGAGACAGAGAUUGAAAAACUUAGGAGAUGUAGCAUGCAAGAUUCCUGUACUUGCCAUAGACUUCCUCAUCUUGAAGGUUUGCCAUGGUCUAAUAAUUUUUCACGCACACUAAAGCAACUAAGCAUUGCUCGUUGUCCGAAGAUUUUGUGUAUUCAUUUGCAACGUGCUUCAAUAAAUCAGUUUGGAGAACUAGUCAAACUUCAGGGGCAUGUCAGCUUUCCAUUAAUUUUGGACAUUCUUCCAUUCACGUUGGAAAAGGUGCAAUGUCAAAAACGAAGCCCUCAUUUGAACUAUUUAAAUGUUCAACCUGACACAAGAAUGCUAAAUUGUGAUUAUGGGCAAAGUACUUGCUCAAAGGUCUUAGCAGCUGAUGAAUCACAGUGCAAUGAACACAUAAAAACCUUUGUUGGAGAAUCCAUUUUGCCCCAAACUAAAGGCUGUUCCAACACCAUGUGUACAGAUAUGAGCUCACAGGCUAAUGACAAGGUCGGCAUACCUAGCUCAGUUGUUCCUUCACAACCUCUGGUAUACCGUCUUGUAUCUGUGGUGGAGCACUUUGGGAAAACUGGAGGGGGGCAUUAUACUGUUUAUAGAAGCGUGAUAUCUAAGUCACCAAAGGAAUGUACUGAUGAAACUCUCAACCCCUCCAUUCCGCAGUGGUUUUGUAUAUCAGACUCUGAUGUACAAAGUGUUUCGGAGGAGGAUGUUUUAGCUGCAGAGGCUAGCAUACUUUUUUAUGAGAGAAUUGUAUGAGGCAGAAAAAUAACCUACUACAUGUGCUGUUUUGGAAGCUUUUUGAUAUCCCAUCAAAAGCAGCUUCUUCAAUUGCAGUUCAAGCAAUCACUUCAUGGCAUGCAAUUUUGUUGCAAGGAAUCUUAUUCAACUCUGUAAUGCUGGAUAAAUUCAAGUGCUGAGCUGAGUCCCUGAAGUUUACCUGAUGACCUGCUCUGUUGGACUAGAUGCUUCAAUCCUGAAGUUUCUCAGGAACAUGGUACUUGUGGAAGAAGUGCAGUUCAAACCAGUGAUUGUUUUGUUCAAAACCUAGGUGCAAGACAGAAACAGUGACUACAGCAACUCUUCUAUAGCAAAAAAUGAAGGACAAAUUUUCUGAUGUAAAAUUACGGUAUACUCGAUUUGACUGUUGCAUCAUUCAGUAAUUGUUGGAACGAAAAUGUUUUACAUCUACAUUUUGCUGGUCUUGCUGUUAUUUUCUGAAAGAGGGGUCUUUCUGUCAUACAUUGAAGAGUGGGAAUAGGUAGAAAAGAACUGACAGGCAUUACAGAAAUGUGUCAUGUAGCAUGUGACUUCUUGUUUGAUGCAGUUCUUCUAUAGCUAUUGAAUCCCACCUUAAAGUUAUCAA